AUGAGCCAACACUCAGCCUCCGCACCGCAAGCAGGAGAAGUGAAACCUGAGAUCAAAGCCUUCUUUGAACGCUUCUACGCCAUCUCCGACACGCCUGAUGAUCACGAGAAGUAUGCAGACAUGUUCACAGAGAAUGCAAAACUUAUCAUGGCAUCCAAUGCUGUAGAGGGACGAGAUGCAAUUAUCCAGAUGCGAUACGGCAUGUGGGAGAAGGUUGCCAAGAGAUCGCAUGUUCCGCAGCAGUUGUAUCCUUUUGGAUCAGGCUCUGAUGAUAUCAUGCUGUAUGGUACAGUCGAUUACGAGCUCAAGGAUGGCAAAUCAGCGAAUGUCGAAUGGGCAGCACGAGCGCACUUCACGAAUGCAGAGGGAGAUCUCAAGAUGGACUUCUACCAAGUAUACCUUGAUACAGCAGCCAUGUCUCGUGCUAAGUAG